UCAAGAGGAAGGUUCAAUGGUUCUCCGCUCUAACGGCAUAACAAUGCCUCUCAAAAAUCUCGAUAUCUGCCAAUAAACUAAUAAAUUGAAAUGUCUGAGACAAUCAGGUGUCUCCGGAGGCCGCUGUUGCGCCUGAUCACCAGCAGCAUUGAUCGCCAGUACCAGUUCACCGGACGCAGGCCCCUCUACACAGAAUCAACCCUGGACCUCGACGAAUACAAGAACGUUAGGAGGAACCUCCAGACCCUCGGCAAAGAGCAGUCCGACGUCUUCAGAGAAGCAGUCAUGAUAACCCUGAAGAACGAGACGAACCUGGUGACAAUAGUGGACCUCAGGAAGAUGCUGCACAUCGUCGAGAAGAACGAGGAGGACUUGCGCCUUCUGAAGGCGAUGGUGGAGCGGUACCACCAGCAAAAUAACGACAAUGACUCCUACACCUUCGGUCCUAUCAUCAUGAGAGCCCUGCACUACCUGAACGAACCUCACGUUGCCCUCGAGGCUAUCAAGGACCCCAAGUUCCACAGUCUCUACAACCAACCCACGACCUCUGCCAUCCUCCUGGAUCUGCUCUACGAACACGGCAUGUUCAAAGAAAUUCGCGAUGUCUACGAUUCUCUCCGCGAAAGGCCUGUUAGCAAAUUGGUGAUUUCGGUCGUUGCUAUGGCGUGUUAUAAAGAGAAUUCCCCAGCGAGCUUGCAAUAUGCCCUACAAAUGUGGAAGGAAUUGUGUCAUCAGAGUACGCCAAUGCGGAGGACGAUAGUGACACUCACAGCCCUAGCACUCAAUCAGAAUAAACCUGGAAUCGCUCUGGAGCUCCUUGCAUAUUGUCAUAAAUUCGACUCCAUCUCUGUCAGGUCUGCCAAGGUCAUGGCUCUCUGUGAUUUGAACGAGAUGGACAAAGCGCUAGUGGACUUUAAACAAGCUUUGAAACAUAAUAGUCAUUACCUUGCAGAUGUCGCUAUUAAAUUCACUGCUGCAGUGAAGCGAUUGGAUAUCGCGCCAGAUGAGGAAAUUCGGGAGGUUUUCGAUGUUUUGAAGAUUCAACGCUUCAUUUAUGCUCAGACCCUCGACGCAUACAUCUCCAACCCAAUAGACGUUUGGAAGAAGCAGAAACCACCUCAGAAGAAUACUUACCAAUUGGACAGACGAAAAUUACCCCUUGGCAGAGACACGAGUACAACACGAGUACAACUCAUAAUUUAACCAGAACCACCACGAAAUUUUUUCGACUCCAUCAUCGAGUUAUGUAGUGUAAUUUUCAAUGUUUCACGUAAAAAUACCUCCAGUGUGAUUACAAAAACUAAUGGACUGCUGUCAUUUUUAAUAAUUGAUUGUAGUUAUCCGUGAGCCACUCGUCCAUCACUGGUGUAUUUUUAAAUUGUUUUCUAAUUAUCUGGAUAAGAUUUGCCAACCAACUGGUUUUUGGUGUUGAAUUAUUCUCUCCACAUCUGCAAUAAAAUGCAUUCAUUGAAAGUUCAUUCAACAUAAAUUGACAUAAAUUAGAGAAUAAUCAAAUCCCCAAAUUUAAUGAAAAAUCAAGAUUUUUAUUCACAUGUCAUGAUAUUGAAGAAUUUCGUAAGU